GUAUAUUUAGCGAUGUUAGAAAAGAGGAAUUCGCAGUGGGAGACAAUGGAUUGGAAUGGAAAUAGCUGAAUUAGCAAUUAUGAAAUAUUAAAUUGAACUGAAUUUAUAUAAAGAUAGAUCGUGGUACAUAUUAAGAAUUUCAUUAUAAUGCAGCAUGUGCAGUGACGGAUUUUGUGUGUGUUGAAAAAUAGUGCCCGAUAUGCGGUUCUUGAAAAAUACUCAGAUAAUAUUCAUAUUUCUACUACUGAUAGGUAAACACGAUGGAGCCAAAAUUUUGGGCUUAUUCCCGAAUUUCGGGUACAGUCAGUUCAUCCUGGGGGAUGCGUUAUUAUCGGAAUUAGCCAGGAAAGGACAUGAAAUUACUGUGAUAAGUGCUUUCAAGCCGAAGGAAAGUUUGCCGAACUACAGGACCGUACUUUUGGACUUGCCGCAAUCAGAAUGCAAUUUCUUCGAACCAUCAAGCUCAAAUCUGUUCGGAGAGGUGAUCGGGUUUAAUCAGCUGUUUUUGGACGUAUCAGAAACAGUGCUUUCGAAUGCCGUCUUCCAAGAGUUUAUCAGACGCUCUAAUGAGACUUUCGACUUGGCCAUUGUCGAACUCUUUGGCUCUGAAUCGCAGUUAGCUGUGGCGCGGCACUUCAACUGUCCUCUGAUUGGACUGAGUUCUCAAGGCCUAUCAGAGUGGAACUCGCACCUCCUGGGCAACGUCCGUCUACCAUCUUUGACGUGCUGGUCCAACGCCCCAUUUUCGUCAAAAAUGAGCUUCUUCGAACGGCUGUACCACACCCUUAUCAGCUUUUUCGACUUGGCGUACAAGUACUUCGUCUACUUCCCCGAACAUCAGCGGUUGAUACGGAAGUACUAUCCGGGGAACCACCAGUUGGACGAUGUGGUUGAGAGCGUGGAUUUGGUGCUUUUGAAUUCGCACUAUUCCGCUACGGAGCCCAGCAUGUUGACAACUGCAGCAGUCGAAAUAGGCGGUUUUCAUAUAAAACCGAAAAAGUUGCCCGACGAUAUACAGAAAUUUUUGGAUGGGGCAAAAGACGGAGCCAUUUUGUUUUCCUUGGGGACCAAUGCUAAAUCGAAACAUUUGCCGAAAGAUAGAGUAAAGGGUAUAGUCAGAGCAAUCGGUAGACUGAAGCAAAGGGUGCUGUGGAAAUAUGAAGAUGAAGAUAUUCAGAUUCCAGAUAAUUUGAUGAUUACGAAGUGGGUGCCUCAGCCGGACGUUUUGGCGCAUCCGAAUAUCGUAGCGUUUAUAUCACACGGAGGUCUCCUAAGUGGAACUGAAGCCUUGUACUUUGGGGUCCCGAUUAUAGGAAUACCUGUAUUUGCAGAUCAACCCAGGAAUGUAAGGGUCUGGGUUGAAAAAGGCACAACUAUCCACCUGCCUUUGAAAGAAUUGGGUGAAUCGUCUCUAUAUUCUGCCGUUGAGGAGAUUAUAAAAAAUCCCAGCUACAAAAAUAGCGCAAAAAGGUAUUCUGAAUUAUUGAAAGAUAGGCCGGUUCAACCAAUGGACUUAGCCGUCUAUUGGGUGGAACACAUUUUGAGACACAAAGGCGGAAAACAUCUGAGAAACACUUCCAAGGAUCUGUAUUGGUUCCAGUUAUACUCAGUCGAUAUUUUGAUAUUCAUUUUUAUAUGUGUUUACCUUUUAUAUUAUAUUAUUAAAUCUGUAUUUAAAUUGACAUUUAAGAAAAAUUGUAGCAAAGUUAAAGUUAAUUAAGUAGGACCAAGUUUUUGUCAUUAUGAUCGCUUUCCUAGAUAAUCCUGUAAAAUAAAUUUUUGUUCUAA